UAACAACAAGUCUGAAUUUGCCUUGGACUGUGUGUGUUCCUAUCUUCCAAUGGUAAGUCAUGGCAUGAGCAGCUAUCUAGUCACAUUCCACAGUGAGGAGACCACAGGUAAGCAGCGAGAGAGAGAGACAGAAAGGAAGGAAGCACAGAAGACAUCAUGAAUACACCUCAAUACUGCCUUCUGAUGUUGCUUAUCUACUCGGGCGGACCCAAUGCAGGAGCUCUGAAUGGUAUUAGCCCGUUCAUAAGGCAUUACGAAGGCUUGUCUUAUGAUCGUGAGGCCUUACACAGGAGACACCGGCGUGCCAAACGAGAGACCCAGCCUCAGGACCAGACACUGCAGCUGGACUUCAGAGCUUUUCUCAGGACCUUCCGGUUGCGUUUGAGGCGAGACACGACGGGAUUCACAGAGCCUUUUGAAGUCUUCUCUGAAAAUAUAUCAAGUACAGCAGACCUCUCCCAUCUAUAUUCUGGAGAACUUGAAGAUGAGAAGGGAUCUUCCUGUCACGGCUCGGUCAUCCAGGGCCAGUUUGAGGGUUCUGUCCUCACAGCCAAUGGAACGUAUUACAUAGAGCCCGUCCACAGAUACACCARCCAGCCCACACAACACCACUCCAUCAUCUACCAUGAGGACGACAUGGAUGCUCCUCCCAUGGGAAGCAGUCGUGACGGGUUCUGUGGUGCAGAACGUCUGCGGCGCCUUGCCCAAAGCCUCAGACCCAAUCAGGAAGUUCCAGUGUCCAGGUCGAAGAGAACAUUGGACCAGUCUAAAACCAGCUGUCUACUCCACCUCCAUGCUGACCACUUCUACUACAGGAAGUUCAAGAGUGUCGAGGCUGUUGUGGCUCAGGUUGCCUCCUACGUGAGAGCGGUGAAUGAUAUUUAUGACAAGGCCGACUUUGACGGUCUCAAGCUAAUCAACUUCAAAGUGAAAUCACUCAGUGUCAUGAGAGAGGAGGACGAGACCAACCCCUUGAAUCGGCCCUUCCUCGGCCCAGAGAAGCUGCUCAGUCUGUUCUCUGAGAGAGACUGGGGAAACUACUGUCUGUCCUACCUGCUGACCAACAGGGACUACAGUGGAGUGCUGGGGCUGGCCUGGGAGGGCAAGACAGGGAACUGGGGAGGGAUUUGUUCGCGACACACGCUCAUGCGGGAUGGUAGCAACGCCAGUCUGAACACAGGCCUGAUCACGCUGCAGAACUACGGCCAGUACCUGCCCCCCCAACACGUUCAGCUCACCCUGGCCCACGAACUGGGCCACAGCCUGGGUGCCCCUCAUGAUGAAGGUUUGGAUUGUGGGAACCUGGGUUCUUCUGGAGGGAAAGGCAGGUUCUUGAUGUUCCCUCACGCUACCAAUGAGGUCCGGGAGAACAACGAUAAGUUCUCUCCCUGCAGCAUCAAGCAUAUCAGCCGAGUCCUGAAAGUCAAGAAGGAUGACUGCUUUGUGGUCAGUGAUCAGCCCAUCUGUGGGAAUCAGAUCGUGGAGGAGGGGGAGGAGUGUGACGUGGGCCACAACGAGACAGACCUCUGCUGCCAAAGCGCCAAGGAAUCUGUGGGCAUCCAGUGUCGCCUGAAACCUGGCAAGAAGUGCAGUCCCAGUCAGGGUCUGUGCUGUGGGCCAGCAUGUGUCUUGAAACCGUCAGGGGUCAGCUGUGAGGAGGAGUCAGACUGUCAGCUGGAGAGUAUAUGCUCUGGUCUCUCCCCCAUCUGCCCCGAGCCUGUGGCCAAGCCCAACAUGACCGUAUGCAGUCUGGGCACCCGGGUGUGUCUCAACGGGAACUGUGCUAAAUCACUGUGUGUGAGGUACGGCCUGGAGCAGUGUGACUGUCUGGGAGAGUCCAAAAAAGAAAAGUGCCACAUGUGCUGCCAACAGCCGGACAAGCCUGCAACCUGCGCCAGCACCACAUCCUCUGUCUUGACAAGCAUUUCCAGGGAAAGCGUGUAGCCUUGGUUGCCGGGGCACGUGUUCAGCCAAGCAGGGCUACUGCGACAUGUUCCAGGUGUGUCGCAUCCUGGACGCUGACGGGCCCAUCGCCAGGCUGAAGAAUCCUUCCUCCACCUGGUAGACCUGGAUGAGUUUGAUGACCUGGCUGAGUGGAUAAAGGAACCUGACUGGCCAUGGAAUCCAUCUCAGGCAGCUCCAGCCAGCAGACUCCAUGCACAGCAGCCAGUCAGCCAGCCUCCACUGUGAAACAGCAUUUCACAACUCAUCACAUCUACCCAACCACCCAGGCCCAGGGGACAGAGGCAUUCCAACCCUGCACUCAGCUAACCCAUUUCACAAUGGGGCAAUUCCAUGCCAGGAUGGCCCAAAGUUAUUUGAUAUCAUAUACAUGAUGUUGUGGAUUUUCCUGAAAUGAAUUCCCUUACAAGGUCCUUUGGGGGAAGGACGGUUGGCAUACCUUUUGAAAUCUGUAUCCAAAAUAAUUCUUGAGAAAUAACUAGUUAAAGUUGUGACAUUU